UGCUGACUUACACAUCCCCCCGUCUUUCAUGAACUUGAGCUUUUGCCAACUUUACAUAUCGCGCAAUACAACUUUUUGUAGCAAAUUCACUAUGCUCGAAGAUAUAAUGUCUACACCGCAGCGCACACCCGUCUACUUCCUCGGCAUCGGCGGCCCCAACUUCAUCAACAACACCAAACACCCCGCAUACCAAUCCCUCGCCAGCAUCGGUGAAGAAAUCACCAAAGUCGUGAAACCGAGUGCCGUCGUCGUUUUUUCUGCGCACUGGCAAGCCGGCCCAACAACUCUGCAGAUCAAUGCUGCUGAACACCCAGAUUUGAUCUACGAUUUCUAUGGUUUCCCAGACGAAUACUACAAGAUCAAAUAUCCAUAUGUCGGGAGUACAAAGGUUGCAAACAAGGUAUCGGAUAAGCUGAGGGGCGAGGGCAUGGAUGUUGAGAAAGUAGAACGAGGACUUGAUCACGGGGUUUGGGUGGGGUUUUUAGCAGCUUUCGAUCCCCAGAAGAACCCUUUGGGCGUCCCAAUCGUCCAGGUCUCGCUCUUUGGAAGUGAAGAUCUCGAAGCGCAUUACCGCGUUGGCAAAGCACUCGAAAGCUUGAGAGAUGAGGGUAUUCUCAUUAUAGGUGCGGGGAUGACCGUCCACAAUCUCCAAGAUUUCAGGAGAUCGAUGUCUACGGGAAGCACUGCACCUCAGUCAUACUCAACCACAUUCGACAAUGCACUCAAAGAUGCCGUCGAGACAGAGCCUAAGAUACGCAAGAGUGAGCUGCUUUCUCUGAUGAAUCGUGAAGAUGGGAGACAGGCUCAUCCCACGCUGGAUCAUAUACUACCGAUGUACGUGGUUGUAGGGGCUGCAGGCUCGAGUGCUGGGCGCAGGAUUUGGACUAUGGCUGAGCGAAGCCUCAAUUGGGCUUCUUAUCGGUUUGGAGAUCUUGAUUGA